AUGCCGAACCAGAUUAAGGACCUUCACACCAUUGACGAUUCAUCGUAUCCUUACAUCUUCGAGCAAAACGCGGCGGUCACGCUGAAGUCGAGCGAGGGCUUAGUCCGAUGCAACGUAUACCGGCCCAAAGACUCAGGGGAGCAAUCAAGAGUUCCUGUGCUGGUCACAUACGGUCCAUAUGGCAAAGACAUACACUACAAGGACUUCCACGCAAAGUCCUUCUCCGAAGUCAAUCCUGAGCACCACUCUGACCAUUCCGCAUGGGAGACCCCAGAUCCCGGGUUCUGGACCAAGAAUGGCUAUGCAGUGGUCAGAGCAGACGAGCGAGGCCUCGGACAAUCUCCAGGACUCCUCGAUACCAUGUCCAGGGGCACCAGCGAGGCUUUCUUUGAGGUGAUAGAAUGGGCUGCAGAACAACCUUGGUCAUCCGGGAAAGUGGGCCUGCUCGGCAUAAGUUACUACGCAGGGAGCCAAUGGCGAGUCGCAGCUCGCCAACCAAAGGGUCUGUCUGCAAUAAUCCCCUGGGAGGGUAUGUCCGAUUAUUACCGAGACCGCUGCCGGCACGGCGGGAUCUUAUCCAAUGCCUUUAUCAAAUUUUGGUGGAAUCGUCAAGUCAUCACCAACCAGUACGGCAGGCCAGGUCGUAGCGCUCGGAACUGGGGGCCGGACACACUCGAAGGUGACCUAAGUGAGGAAGAGCUGGAGAAGAAUCGGCAAGAUCAAACGAAGGACAACGCUGUGUACAGGUUCAGGGACGAGCCGUACUACGCUUCGAAAGAGUACGACAUGGGGGACAUACAAGUACCCCUGUUGACAGUCGCGAAUUGGGGAGGUAUCCUUCUGCAUUUGCGAGGCAAUGUUGAGGGCUACUGCCAUGCUGGCUCCGAUCUGAAAUACCUUCGCUUCGUCACCGGACGCCAUGAUCUGCCUUUCUACUAUAAAGAGGAGAUCGAGGUCCAGCGCAGUUUCCUCGACGCUUUUCUCAAGGAUGACGACCGGGUGGGCUGGUCUGUAAAGGGCAAACUACCUCCAGUUGACCUUGUGCUUCGGAAAGGCGACGUAGGCUUCGACGACCCAGAAAACGAGAAGCAGUACACUCGUCGGACCGAGCAGGAGUGGCCUAUCGCACGUACCCGCUAUACCAAGUUCUUCCUCACUCAGAACCGUGAGCUCACCCCAGAAGAGCCGCCCCAGGACGUGCGGAAGAAGCUGUCUUACAAAGCUCUUGGCACACUGGAAGACCCUCAGUAUCUACAGUUCAGCACUGCACCUUUCGAAGCCGAGACGGAGAUCACUGGGCAUGUCUUAGCUCACUUGAACGUCUCUAUGAGCCCAGAACCUUCAGGACCAACUCCGACAGACAUCGACUUGUUCGUCACAUUGCGCCACAUCUCUCCUCAGGGUAAAGAGGUGCACUACACAGGCACUGCCGGCGAUCCGGUACCACUGACGAAAGGCUGGCUACGAGUUAGUCUACGCAAAACGAACACCGACCAUCCUAAGCAUCGACCCUGGCUUCCACACCGAGACUACUGCAGCACGGAUGUGCAGCCAGUUAUACCUGGUGAAGUGUACUCGGUUGACGUGGAGAUCUGGCCAACGAAUGUCAUUGUCGAGAAGGGAGGAAGAAUUGUCUUCGAGGUCGCCUCUGGCGAUACGCAGGGGAGCGGUAUCUUCCAGCACAACGAUCCAGCUGACAGGUCUGAGGAGAAGCUAAGAGGCUUCAACCACAUACUCAUCGGACCGAAAUGCUUGAACUACGUCGUCUUGCCAAUUGUGCCUCCCAAAUAA